UUAUAUGUUUUGAAACUUAAUUUUUAAUAUGUUUCAGUAUCCCAAGCUAAUUUACAUUUUUUGUUUGAAUUAUCAACAAUAACAUAGUGGAGUAAAGCUACGUUCGUUGAGCUCUUCAACCUCCACCUAUAUAAGUACAAGUUUGAAACCCCAAGUAUCUAAUGAAUAUUUGAGUAAGUCCCCUCCCCCAAUCGCUUGUCCUAAAAAAAAAACAAUAACAUAUGGAUUUUUUUAAUAUCAUUAAUUUAAAAUCAAAGUGAAUUUUUAAUAUGUGCUAAGUCAUCAAUUUGACAAACUUUUGGACAGAACCAGACGAUAUAGACCACUUUUGAGCACGCAUGUUAAUGAGGAUCACGAAUGACACAAAGAAAAAAAAAAAAAGAAUGCAACCUGAUAAUUUCGUAAACUUCAAAAAUACUUUGUGAUAAAAAGAAAAAAAAAAAAAGGGUAAAAGGAUUGGGUGUCGUGUAAACAGUUUUCAGUUGUGGGUUUUCGACCACCAAAUCUUAAUUGAAAUAAAAAGCCCAUCUCAAAUAAGCUUGGGCUUACAAUAGAAAAAUAGUUCUUCAUUCCUAGGUCGCGAACCAUCGCAUCUCGAACGUCAAACGAGCAUCAGUUUCAGACACAGCAGAAGCUUAAACCUUGCAAUAUAGUUUUCAAAUUACCAAACUACCCUUACACCCCCAACCGCAACUGAAGUCACGAAAGGGCACACACUAGAAACCGCCGACCUCACUUGAAGAGAAGAGCAACCUCCCCUGUCUCUGAGCGUUGCUGCUAUGGCGAAAGGUGACGAUGCAGUGAGGAAGAAGCAGAACAAGACCAAUAGAAAGAAACUCCGCAAGAAUGACCAAUCUUCCUCUGCAGUUUCUGCUCGUGUUGCCUCCAUUAUCGCCGCCAAGAAGCGCCGCCAUUCUGGUAAACGCCGCAAAUGUCAGGGUAUGUGCUUUAGCCUUCCUACCCUUGAUGAUCCCUUCAACGACAGGAAUGGUGCAAAGACUUUUGAAAGAAAAACAACCAAGAAAGAGAUGCUUCCACGUAAUCAUGAGAAGGUGUUUUUUAAUGAGACAAGUAAAGAAACUCUAAGAAAUAGUGAAAAGGUAGAUAAUCCAGGGCAGGAAAAGGAGACAGUAACAAGUUUGAAGGAUAAGCUAAAGAAAUCACUGACAUCAAUUAAUAGCACGGCCCAGAAAAGCCAAAUUGACCCAGGAAGGAAAAAGACUCAGCUGAAUGGGAAUGGUGGCGUCUAUGGGCAUCAUGGACAGGUCUCUGAAAACUUAGACUGUCCAUCUAAGUAUCUGAUUCAGUGCUUGAAUUCAAUAGAAAAUUCAUUGCGUUGUGAUGGUACCUACAAUAAUGAGGAGGACAAGCCUUUAUUUGUUAGUACUUGGGGAGUUGAGUUUUGGAAAUGUUAUUCAGCUCGAAAGGAUAUAUUAGAGACAAGUGGAACUUCUUCUACAAUAGAGCAAAUUGCAUGGAUGGUUUCCAGCGCUGCUGAUUCAAUUUCUAGAAAGGAUGAAGAAGAUCUAUCAGUAACCAGCCCAUUUCUUUUGUUCCUUGUUCCAUCCCAGGUGAAAGCUACCCAGGUACGCUCAGUAUGCAGACCUUUGAAGGUUCUUGGAAUACAUACAGUGAGUAUACACCCUGGUGCUUCCUUAGAUCAUCAGAUUGAAGGUCUGAAAAGUUCUGAACCUGAGUUUAUGAUUGCAACACCUGAGAGACUUUCAGAGCUUCUUUCCUUGAAGGCCGUAGAUCUAUCUGGUGUUUCCUUGCUGGUGGUUGAUGGACUGGAAUCUUUCUAUAAACAAGGUUGCUUUGAUAAAAUAAACUCCAUUCGCCAAUCUAUGAGUGGAAAAACCCAUACAGUUGUUUUCAGCGAUUGCUAUAGACAUGCCUGUGUUCGAGGGUUACAAAAUCUUCUGAUGGGAUCUGUCCAUAGAUUAUCUCUAAAUAAUUCUGUCACCGGUCAAAGUGCAUGCAUCGUUCAGUCUGUAAACAUUUGUCUGAUGAAAGAAAAACUACCAAAGGCCAUCCAAGUUCUUGAUCAGGCUUACGGUGGUCGACUCCGUCCUCAGGCUUCAAAGGUGCUAUAUAUAGUAGGGAAAGAUAACAAGCAUCAUAAACUAGUUAAUGCGCUAAAGUUCAAGGGCUAUUCCAUCUCACCUGACUCAGUUUUCUCAGAAGUUGGGAACAGUGUGGAAUCCAAGGGCAGGGCAAGGCCUGCAGUCUCCAUGAUUGACAUAGACCAAAUUGGUACAACCGAAUUGGGUGAAUAUGAAGUUGUAAUUAUACCCGAUAUGACUCUUUCAAUCGAGGGUUACGUUCAAAUCCUCACGAGAAUGGCUCGCUACACUGUGAAUGGCGUAUUGCAUAGCUUGUUUACCAGAGAAGACGCAGAGCUUGCUGGACCGCUGACGAAGAUCCUUGAACAAUGUGGGCAGGCAGUGCCUGACGCCCUAAGAAAAAUGUCUUUUUCAUAAGCCAUGCCGGAACGUUGACAUUUGAGUUUGCUUUUUUUCCUUGUUCGCUUACCAGUUUUGCCAAAUGUUGUCAGUUUAUGAUACAUUUCAUCUUGCUAGCCUUGUCAACUUGUGUAAGAACUUCUACAACGAUAUAAUGCUAUAUAUAACACUGAAUUUUCAUUUUCAA